AUGGGCCCCUGUACCGCCUCCUCAUGCUGCUGCCAGGCCCGUAAUCUGCCAUGGGCCCCCGUACCGCCUCCUCAUGCUGCUGCCAGGCCUGUAAUCUGCCAUGGGCCCCUGUACCGCCUCCUCAUGCUGCUGCCAGGUCCAGAGUGUCUCAUGGGUCCCUGUACGGCCUCCCAUUGCUGCUGUCUCCAUCGCCACACUCUGCCAUGUGCCACUUUCAGGUCUCCUCACACUGCUGGUGGGUUCCAUUUUUGUCAUAGGGUGCUGUAUGGCCUCCCAUUGCUGCUGCCUCCACCGCCACACUGUGGCUCCACACUCUGGUUUUGGCCCCGUGACUGCCCAAAUGAGUGAAGUGUGCGGUGAUUCUAAGAUCGACGGCACUCAUCUGCAUGUCAUACUGACUGACAGUAUUAUUUCUCUUCCCCAGCAGACUCCAAGGGCAUUUAAAUUAAAGGUACAGUGUUCUGCACUAAUAUAA